AGCGGUCGACAGUUGCAGUUCUCUGUAGCCCGGAGACGUGACGCUUCUCGCUCUGCGAUGGGAGGGAACCGAUUGUGACAUUCCCCUUGCUCCCUGCCCGCCCCCUCCUCCCUUACCCGGGCAGAGCGGGCCCCUGCAGGCCUGUGGUCGGGAUGGAGGAGGAGAGCAUGGAGGAGGAGGGGGGCGGCGGCGGCGGAGGCGGCGGAGGCGGCGGAGGAAGCCUCAGCAGCAGCAGCAGCAGCUACGAGGCCUUAAUGGACGACCAGAACCACAACAACUGGGAGGCGGCGGCGGCGGCGGCGGCAGGAGGGGGAAGUUACGGACAGCCGCGGCCUCCCCCCUCCCCUUGUCCCGGAGAGCUCCGCAGUGCGUGUUCGCUGCCAGCCCAGGAGGAACUGGAGAUCCACAUGAUGUCCGAGGCCGCCAACGGGCAAGGAAAGGGCUGCGACACACCAAGCAAAGGGGUGGCCGCGGCCAGCAUCAACCUCAACAUCAACGCUUCGGCCUCCAAGUUCUUGAUGAAUGUUAUAACUAUAGAAGAUUAUAAGAGCACAUACUGGCCAAAGUUGGAUAGUGCCAUAGAUCAGCUUUUAACUCAGAGUCCUGGUGACUACAUCCCCAUCUCCUAUGAACAAAUAUACAGUUGUGUGUAUAAAUGUGUGUGCCAGCAGCAUUCGGAACAGAUGUAUAGUGACCUAAUAAAAAAGAUAACUAACCACUUAGAGAGAGUCUCAAAGGAGCUGCAGGCCAGCCCUCCAGAUCUCUACAUUGAAAGGUUUAACAUAGCACUUGGGCAGUAUAUGGGAGCGUUACAGAGCAUUGUGCCUCUUUUCAUAUAUAUGAAUAAGUUUUACAUAGAAACUAAGCUUAACCGAGACUUAAGAAAUGACCUUAUAAAACUGUUUACGGAACAUGUUGCAGAAAAGCACAUUUACAGCCUGAUGCCUUUACUUUUAGAAGCCCAAUCUACGCCUUUUUGGAUAAACCCUUCCACAAUGGCAAACAUUGUCAAAGGACUGUAUAUGCUUAGGCCAGAAUGGGUACAGAUGGCACCAGCUUUGUUUUCCAAAUUUAUCCCGAACAUCCUCCCUCCUGCUGUAGAAGCUCAGCUUGAGGAAUAUGCUGCACAAGACCAGAAACUUCAACAAGAACUUAUUCAGGAGGGAUUUUCCAGAGGUGACCAGUCACGUAAAAGAGCUGGAGAAGAAUUAACUUACAAUGGUUCAUCAUCAUGUGCAAGCUCAAGAGGAUGCAGAUAGUGACUAUAUUAGAAGUAUUUUAUUCCCAAUAGGAGGAGACACUGAAGCAGUGUUGGAAGGGAGAAUAUCCUGAGGCUUGGUUCAGCUCUACUGAUACUCAGGUUCUUUGAUGCAAACUAUACCUAGAAGAGGAGUUUGGACUUAUUUCUUGCCAUGUAAUAAAAUAUCUGUUUGCUGCUAUUUUGGGGCUAAGUUGGAACAGUGUGAUUGGUCUUGACAAGUUCUUCUUUGGCAAUUCUGUAAGGAAUAUACCUUCUCUGUUUGGGGAAAAAAAAAGAUACUUACUGAAUCUUGAUAGCCAAAAAGAGCAGCUUCCUCUGAAAGAAACUUUUGCACUUUUUAAAAAAAUGUGUGGAUAUUGCUGAGUUAAAAGUCUGUUCCCAUUAGGUUUUGUCCAAAACAUUCAAUAAAUAUUGAUCACAUGGCAGUGUUUUCUUUUUAAAAGCCGUUUGCUCCCAAGAGUCAGUUUAAUACAACAGACCCUGUACAUUCCAGAUAUGGUUCAUCUGUUAAGCUCUUUCUGCUUUACAGACUCCAAAAAGUCUCUUAAACUGUGAUUUGUUUACACAUGCUGCAAAGUUACAAGAUCUUCCUACUAUUCUUAAUUACAUUUAGGAAAAUAAGUGUAUGAAAACAAUACUUUGUUCCCUUUUCCAUAUAAGAAGUAUUAAUACAAGUCUAAACAUUGAUACUGUUUUUUGGCUCUGGUCAUGAUUGGAGAGAAACAGAAUGCCAUUCCAACAUGUGAUGCCUAUUGAGAGUUGACAGGCUAAUAUGCAACAGUUGAAGGAUUUGGCAAGAGAUGGGAGACCAGUCUGUGGUCUGCUGUCUGAGUCUGUGGAGUAUAGAGAGAGAUUUGCUCUGAUCUUAGGUAAUCAGUUACUGGAAUACUUUGGACCGAUAUGAAAGAUUUAAGAAUUUGGCUGAAUCUUUGUACUUGGAGCUUACCUCUGGGCAUCAAGGUACUUGAAGUCACUGUUAAUACACUUUUUGCUUACAGCAUUUCAGAAGGCAAGUAGAAUUGCAUAUUUGAUUCAACUUUUCUUUAAAGAAAUCUCAACUCUGCUAUAGCUUGAAUAUAAGUUCUUAGCAAUGUGCAGUAGUCUGCACUGCAUUGUGUGUAUCAGUUUAUCUCCAGCAAUAUGUACCUCAUAAGGGAUGAAUCUGGAUCCCAGCUUCCUCUUUCUGGUCUUGGAUCAGAAGCUAAUCACAAGGUGCUAUUUUUCAUGUGUUCUCUGUGAAGAAGCACCAGGCAUGUGGAAAAUAUAUAGGGGAUUUUCUUUCUUCUGUGGAUAACUUUGCCACUGAGUUAAUAAAGCCAAACUGUAUGCAGCUGUGGUGAGAUGUUAGUACUCAGGAGAAGCCCAGCUUGAAUAAGUAUUUAAUGUAAGUCUUAUGACCAAGCAAUGCUGGGGAGGGGAAACACUUGCAUGUGUUCCCCACUGUUGGUCACUGGGCCCUGCUUAGUUAUGUGGUCCACAGAGAACUGUACACAGUUUUAAAAUGUUGCAAAGGACUUAGUUGUAUCUAUGGUGUGAAAGUGAAAGCACUAUAUUAAAUAAUAAAAUGUAUACUUGAAAGCCUAUUGAUUAAACAAAACAUACAAAACCUUUGCAGUGUCAAGAUCUGAAUCUUUGGUUUGGUUAGAAACUGAUGAAUCACUUCAACAAAAAGAUACAUAUAGGCAAGGCACUAAAAAGCUAUUCUGUCUAUUUUUAUAUAGGUUGUCCUUUUUCUCUAUUGCAGUAUAAAUGAAGCCCUAGUUCUGCUUUACUAAAUUAGUUUACAAUUCUCUGCAGAAGUGGAAAAGUCUACUAUGAUGCUUCAUAACUUUUAUAAUGCUUUGAAUGUCCUUGAUUUGUGCUUUGAAUAAAAUAUGACAAAAUAUGUGAUGGGAAGUAUAACUUUUGAGUAGAUUCUGUUAAGGAAACUUCUGAUUUGCUUCAGAAACAGGACCACUUGUAGUAUAAUAGUUAAUGGUUUCAUCCCCAUGACAAUGGAUAAUGUAAGCAGUGGGUGGUGUAAUCCCUUUCAGUGUCCAUAAAUAGGUAUUUGUAAAUUGAGUUCUCAGUUCACAGUUGUGAUGAACAGGAAUAGUCUGACUAUUAGAUUUGUAUCAACACAAUUUACUGGCUCUUAGAAGGCAGUCCAUCCAAACACCUGAUUUGCCUUUGCAGUCAGUGUUCACAUGGAGCCAUCCUCAUGAAAUUACUGUGUUGAGUAUUAGUGAUAAGAUGGGGAGGCUGGUGCCUGCUGUGUUAAUGGGGUUCCCUGUCCAUUGUAGUUUUUGUUUUGAGCUGUCCAUGUCAGAAUAAAUGGAUAAAGAGCCCCACUGACAUAAGAAUCACCAGCCUGUUCAUUAUUAUUAUAUUUUUAUACCCUCCAGGACCUGCAAUAUUCUGAGCAGUUCAUAGAGGUUAACACUUUAAAAUACAUUACAAAAACUUUUACAUAUGGACACAUAAACAGAUGCACAAUGUAUCCCUGCGUUAGUGUGGAUGUAUUUGUAUGAUUGCUAUUAACACCAAUUCAUGUAUAUGCUUCUGGAUAGGGGAAGCUGGGUUAGAAAAAUGUGUGCACUGUUUAGUAAGGGCCAUUAAAAGAAAUCAAAGGAAGCAAAGCUCUGAUUAUCUUUUGAUAUAAAAGAUAGUUAAAGUAUUUUUCUUUUUAUUUAUUUGUUGGGGAGAUUAAUGAUUAGAACUUGCUACAUCCAUGGAACUCCUGAAGUAACAUUCUCUCCAGUUUUCUCCCUUGCAAGCUUUAGGUACAUGGCACAGGAUGGCUAAACUUACAACUAUUGCAGCAUAUUUGAAUUUGCUUGGGAGUGAGAAGGAAUACAGCUUGGGUGCAUGGAACACCAUGUCUUCAUUCACUUCAUGGACACCAGAACACUUUUGCAGGCAGGGAGACCUGGAAGUAGGAAGCCUAUUACGCUGCUUGCCCCUGUUAAUGCACCCAGUACUUGGUCAGAAACCCUUACCUUGUACAGAUCACUUGCUUGGACGGUAAAAGAUCAGAUCGUCCCUCCUCUGGUUACUUUCAGAAUGUUCCUAUGCAUAGUGCAAGGGUUCUGAAACCUGUUUUGGAGACUACAGAAUAAUAGGUUGAUAAUGAUGACCAGUGAUACCCUUGCUUCCAAGAGCUCUGCUUCUUGGCUUGCCUUUGUCCUGUGGUUCAGAGAUGGGCCAACAGCAAAAAAAAUGUGCUUCAGUUGGCUAGCAUUCACAAGAGAAGUUUCACUGUAGUUGAAAGGUCCAGGGGUCUUGUGUAAGUUUGUCUCUGAGUGAUAUAAUAGUUGUCUGCUCAUAAAGACUAUAUAGUUAAUCAUUUUGCCCUCUUGAGUGUAUCCAUGUGGUAUGUCCAGGCAACAAGAACAUGCGUGAGUAUUCCUGGCGGCUGGCCCAUAGCAAUUGAGUUUUCUUCUCGUGAGCUUGACUGUAUUUGGGAAGAAUUUGUAUUUGGGUUGGCUUCUGGUUAUGCUGUUACAGUUUAGAAUCAAAUUCCAGUUCAUGUUUCGUUGUAAUCAGAACUACCAGAAUCAAACAGAUGGGAUAGAAUGGAAAUUAAAAAUUAAACGUUCCUUUCAUUUUUAUUUUUGUGCAACUUUCAUUGUGUUGGGCUUCUUUUUCCUACUUUGUUUUUACUGGUUUGAAGUCUGUAAAUAAUCUAUUGAACACAUAGUGUCUAUAUCCAAUUUUAUUGGUGUCUUUGAAUGUUGAGCCAUAGGACAUAACCUCUGAAACUCUUGUCCUUUGCAGUUAGGACAAAAGCAUUCCUUUAAUGUGGUCAAUGUUCUACACAUACUUUAAAAUGUUUUAGCCCUAUGUAGCAUCCUGCCUGAAUAGGAAGCCUGAGAACUUUUGUAAACAAUAAAAAUUAAACAAUGUUGUAUUAUGUUGUAAAUUAGUAUUAAUAUUUCUGUAUGUUUUGGCAUUUAAUGCUGAAAUCAUUUGUUCUCCUAUCUUCAAAGGGUUUUAUCUUUGUGAACUGAGCAUGAAAGAACACAACAAAACAUAUGAAACAAUGGUUACUCUGUAAACAUUUUUCUUCAAAACUUGGUGAAAUGGUGGGUCAGGCCCCUAAUGCCAUGACUUUAACCAAAGCAGCAUGGUCUUGGCUAUGGUGCUUCUGUGAAUCAGGUGAUUCGCCACUUGUCUGUAUUUGUUUUUUCCACAUGAGAUCUAAGUAGCAGAGUUUAUGCAUUGGGUAUCAUCUUAUGUAUCCAAUUUGUUUCCUGGGAAACUUGCUCUAAUAAAGUAUUUUUAGACAAAA